UCCUCCAGGUCCUGCACAUUCUCUGCUUUUCCAGCAUCUUCUGCAUAUUUGAGUCCUUUCCAACAGUGUCUAUAUGAUGCUGAGAUCCAUCUUUUCACACUGAGGACAACUGAGGAACAAAAGGCGCAAACAUUCACGGAUGCUCAAGAAGGCAACACGAUACAUUAAGAGCCAGGGGGGUGUAAACUUUUGAACAGGAUGAUCGGUGUAAAUUGUUAUUAUUUUGUUUAAAUAUCUUUUUUUCCCCCAUUUAGUACCGCCGUUCAGACGCUAAAUCAGAUAGUUACAUGUCUCCCAGAAGACAAAAUACUAACAAUUUCUUAAUGUACCGUGUUGCCUUCUUGAGCAUCAGUGAAUGCUAUGUAUAAAAAGAAAAUAUAUUUUAUGUACACAGUACACACUUUCUAUUUGAGGGGGAAAACAUAAUAUAAAACCGCACACAAUUAUAACCUGUUCAACAAUAGCAGGCAAAUUUGUAGACACCUAUUUUGGGUCCCGUCGUGGGUCCUAAACGUGGCAUCCGCUGUACACAAACAUGGCGGCUGGGUGAAACGUUUGGAGACUUUCGUUGUAGCUUUAGUAGAAAUGCAAACAUUUGUUAGUGUAAACGUUUAUAGUUUAUAUGUAAAGGUGUUAUAUUUGCGAAAAUGGCUUCGUGGGCUGGGUUUUCAGAAGAAGAACUGCGGAGGAUGCAGCAGAAAGGCGAGUCGAAUGAGAGUGUAGGCUCUUCGUUUGGCCGCGGCCGGAGAUCCGCUCCUACUAACCGGAGCAGGCAGCAGCUGCAGCGGGAGAAGGCUCUACAGAUGGCCGCUAAACACAAAGCGGCUCUCAGCGGCUCUGCGAUAUCUCCUGAGCAGCAGCUUCAACCUUCAACACCACCCGCUCCUUGUCAGACAAAUCCUGACAAAGUGCCAAAGCAAGAGCUACAACAGGCGGAACCAGAAUCUGGCCCGCUCGACUCAGAAGAUCCUCCAUCUGCAGUGAAGGAACUGGACAAACAGGAAGUGGAAUUACGAGAGAAGACCCGUCUGGAGCACCUUCAGUGGGAACAGCGAGUGAUGGAAGAGAAGAAUAAAAGAACCAAAGCCCUCCUUGCUAAGACCAUUGCUGAAAAAUCUAAGCAGACACAAGCUGAAUCGGUAAAAUUGAAGAAAAUCCAAAAGGAGCUCCAGGCUCUGGAUGAUUCUGUAUCGAGUGAUAUCGGUGUCCUCAGGAGGCUGAUCGAGCAGGCCAGCCUGGAGUAUUCCAUAGCAUGGAAGCGUUUGGAAAAGUCAGAGACCGAGUAUGUGGCAGCCAAGUUAGACCUGCACAAGAAGACCGAGGUUAAGGAGCAGCUAACCGAGCACCUCUGUGCCAUCAUCCAGCAGAACGAGCUGCGCAAGGCACGCAAGCUGGAGGAGCUGAUGCUACAGCUCGAGCUCAGCACAGAGCAGGUGUCCCAGGGAGCGCACGAGGAGGUGUGCGGUGAGAGAGAAAGCCCCGGCCACCCUGCUACGGUCAACGAGACUAAAGUGAAAAGUGACGAGCAGAUUCAAACAGACUGCGCGGAUAUUAGCGUAGCGAGCGAUGUGACUGUAACAAGGACAAGCGAAGGCCAGGAGAGGGAACUGCUCACAGCUACUGCGAGUGACAAGGGCUAGUUUCUUGUCUUUUAUUACAGAUACACAGCCAGGAGCAUGGGCUACUUCCAUGUGUAGAUGACCAGUACACUCAGAUAAUCUAGUAAAAUCACCUUAUUAGUAAUGAUGGUAGUAGUUAUAGUAUUAUUUAUUAUGGUGGAGGGAGUAUGAAGAAACUUGGCUACAGCUUAAGACUUUAACAAGUGUGUUUUUCUUUCUUUUUUUUUUUUUUUUUAAAAAAAAAUUCACUUUGCUAUAUACAGCUUAGAUUUUCAUGCAAAUGCAGACCUUUUGUUAAAACACUAGUGUAACACUAUGUUCUAUAGUCUAUAUCAAACUUUUAUUAUUGAGCAGUUUCGUGAACACUGUGCUGAAAUGCGAUACUUGAAAGUUGCAAGUGGCAAGGCUGUGUGAAAGCAGCCGAUGUUUAAACUUGAAACUGCAUGACAGACAAGCAACUCUGAGGUUAUAUCAUGCAAAGCCGUGAUUAUUACGGGAAGAGCCAACAGCCACGACGUAUUCAUGUGCCAUUUUUUUUUCCUUCCUUAUGAAUUAUUCAGGAAAGAGAAUAGACCGGGCAAAGUAUUUAACUGGUCUUAAAGUGAUAUGUUUAUAAUUCAUGGAGAUUAUUCACCCUGCUUCCACAAGAGUGACUUUGACUGUUGCUGUAUUUUGACAAAAGGUUCUUCAGUCAAAAUUUUGAACGUUAUUAAUUUUUCAUUAAGAUGGAAAGCCAAGUGUAAAGCAAUGGAUUUUAUAUAUGUUUUGAAUUGAUGGAGAAAUUUAUUGAUUCCUUUCUGUCCUUUUUUUUUUAUGUUGAUCAAGUAAUAACACUACAUUAUGUUUCUCAGAGAUUUGAGAUAUAUAUUUAUAUACCAAUUACACUAUUUUUACAUGUUUGAUGCAUGUAAAUAAAAGAAAUGUACAUGUUUGAAUUUGUUGCCUUGGUUUUUGCCUUGCAGUAAUGUUUGAGUUUUGUAGCAUUGGAAAGUUGUUUAAGUAUGUUGAGGAUUUUGGAGGCUCCAGGUUGCAGGUAUUUAAAACAAAAAAUUUUAAACACUCGUUCCUAUACUUUAUCCACUCUACAAACUUUUUUUUUUAAAGAAGGGUCACAUCUGGACAUCUGUACAUGCAAGACCAUAAAUUUAGUUUAUUUAAUGAGCCUAUCAGUGAGCACUUCUAGAGGUCGAUGAGCAUCUGCUGGUGAAUUACAGAAUUAUGACCAUCACAAUACACUCACGUUACUUUUGGUCUUUAAACUGGUUUAUGUGCUGGUCUUUGCUUAGAUAAUAACACCAGUGUCUGCUGGUGCACGAGAGAGAAGGUGUAUGUACACCACCUGAGUGUCUGCAGGGAAGUUUUUUUUCCUGUAAAGGCAGGUUUACCAGCAUGCAAAUAUUUGGUGGCUUUACUAAAUGUUUUUGACUUGAAGUACAUUAAAAAACAUAUGCUGUUAGGGUCGAGCUAUACAGCGAUUAUAAUAUCAAUCAUGCUAAAUUAUGUCACAAUAUUCUUUUCUGAGAUAUGUAUAUCAUGUCUUUUUAUUAAAUGUAUUUCUUUUUUUCCCUUUUUUUUUUUUGAAUAAUUACAGCUUGACUGGAAGCAGCUGAAUUGAUUAACAGUUUGUACUUUAAUUUUUUGCAACGUUUUAAACUUUUUUUCUUCUAAUUUUUACCUUUUCUGUGUUAAAUAUGUAUUUAUCAUUAAAAUGUUAUUCUAUAUAGCAUUUUUAAACAAAACAAAAAUGUAUUUUUGUUGACUUUUUUUUAAACCAACAUUACUGUAUUGCUGGCAAUUUAUUCACAAAUCUAUGUAUCCUGAUGCAUAUUGUGUAUUGUCGAAAUGUCUUUGACAAUCUGGGUUUUUCAAUUUUUAUAUAUUUUUUUUUUACAUCACAUCACCCACCCUUAAUGUAGGCAGUAUUUUCUGGCAUCGCUUGCAUGUAAAGACGAAGAGCAGUCUAAGCCUACCAUCAUGCCAAAGUUAAUUCCUAAAAAGCAAAGUUAUUGUGUAAACAUGCCGAGAAAAGAAUUCCAAGGCAGUCAGUAUUGUUAUUAAAGGGAAGGGAAAAUGGGCAAUCUGAAAUCUUUUAACUGAAUAGGCACCUUCAUUGUUUUCCUUGUGACAGCGAUGCACUGUUCAAUGUUUGUGCACUUUUUCCCUAAUGUUCUCACAAUGGGUGCGUGUGUUUCUAAAAUGCUGUUCACUUAUAUGAGCUGUUUGUUCUGUACUUCUGCCUGUGCUCCUUUUUUUCUGACAUGAUUGUGUUGUCUUGUGAUGUCAUCUGCUCUAUGGAUCUGCUUCUUUUAAGCAGUAAUUGCUUUUUUUUUUUUGCUUUAUUGAUCAAAUUAAGACCGUCUCACAUUGGAAGCAUUCACCUUGUAUAUUUAUCCACCGUGCUCCAUGUUAAAUAGUUUGCAUUAAUGAUAAAUUCAUAAAGUACAGUGCUGUGAAAAAGUAUUUGCCACAUCCUGAUUUCUUCUGUUUUUGUGUAUAUCUUAUAGUAAAUUGUUUCAGAAAUGCAAACAAAGUUGAAAUGCAUCAGUCUGGGAAGGGUUACAAAGUUAUUUCAAAGGCUCUGGGACUCCAAAGGACCACAGUGAGAGACAUUAUCUUCAAAUGGAAAAACUCUGCACAGUAGUGAACCUUCCCAGAAGUGACCGACCUUCCAAAAUUCCUCCAAGAGCACAGCAACGACUCAUCCAGGAAGACACAAAAGAGCCAAGGACAACAUCAAAGGACCUACAGGCCUCUCUUACAUCAAUAAAGGUCAGUGUUCAUGACUCCACUAUCACAAAGACACUGGACAAAAAUGGCUUCCAUGGAAGAGUGACGAGGUGAAAACCA